AUGUAUCUGUAUCGUAGCCAUGGCAGUGAAUUUCCUCACAAUAAAGAAAUAGGUUUGUCAGGACUCACCUUAUGGGUUGAACUGAACUGCGGUAAAUUGCCCCCACGAGAGGACAGCCACGCAGACAUUGCACAGAGCGCAGUGCUAUAG